AUGGAAAGAUUUUUUAAGAGAAAGUCAUCAUUGGGUAGUUCGGAUAGUGUGGGUAGUUCAAGAACUUCAAGUUCAAGACAAAGUGAGUUAGAUGAGGUUUUGGCUAAUCUUCAGGCAGACCCGGGACUAAGAAUUCGUAUGAUUGAGUAUGAUAGUAAUAUUAGAGAUGAGGUUCGAAGAGCAUAUCUACAAAAAGGACCUUGUCAACCUAGAGGUCAUUCUUUCCCACAAAGUAAUAUCUCAGGAAUUAAUCGACGCUUCAUUCCCCAAUGGUUUGAUGAAUUUGAUUGGUUGGAGUAUCGUGUAUCUAAAGAUGCUGCAUUUUGUCUUUAUUGCUAUCUCUUUAAAUCCAAUUUUGAACAAGCGGGUAGUGAAGCCUUCACUGGAGCAGGGUUUAAAAAUUGGAAGAAAGGGAGAGAAAGAAUGAAGGUGCAUGUUGGACCGGUUGGUAGUGUUCAUAAUAAAGCUAGAGAAGCCGCUACAAAUUUGAUGAAUCAAAAUACACAUAUUGAAACGACUGUGAGCAAACAUUCUGAACAAGCUCGUAUGGCAUAUCGAAGAUGCUUAAUUGCAUCAAUCAAGUGCACUAAGUUUCUAUUGAGACAAGGUCUUUCUUUUCGUGGAAAUGAUGAAAGUGUCACUUCAAGCAAUAGGGGAAAUUACUUGGAGCUAUUGCAAUUCCUUGCAGACAAUGAUGAGAAAGUUAAAGAAGUUGUGUUGGAAAAUGCUCCGGGGAAUCUCAAGUUAGUAGCUCCAAAGAUUCAAAAAGAUAUUGUCAAUGCAUGUGCCGGGGAAACACUUGAUGUCAUCAUGAGUGGUUUAAAAGAUAGAUUCUUUUCUAUAUUGGUGGAUGAAGCACGUGAUAUUUCUGUGAAAGAGCAAAUGGCUAUGGUGUUGCGUUAUGUGGAUGACAAAGGGCAUGUAAUUGACAGGUUUGUGGGGGUUCAACAUGUUACCGACACCACUUCAAGUUCACUAAAGGAUGCCAUUGACAUAUUCUUUUCUUCCAAUGGUUUGAGCUUUUCCAAGUUACGAAGACAAGGUUAUGAUGGAGCUAGCAAUAUGAGAGGUGAGUUGAAUGGCCUUAAAACAAAGAUUUUGAGAGAACAACCUUGUGCAUACUGUGUUCAUUGCUUUGCUCAUCAACUUCAACUAGCACUUGUUGCCGUAGCAAAGAAGAAUAUUGAUAUUGCCUCUUUCUUCACAACCACUAAUAGUGUGGUUAACCAUGUUGGAGCAUCGUGUAAGCGGCGUGAUGCACUUAGAGCACAACUCCAAGAAGAACUUGUGAUAGCUUUUGAAAAUGAUUGUCUUAUAACGGGGCGAGGUUUGCAUCAAGAAACAAGUCUCAAACGUGCCGGUGACACACAAUGGAGCUCACAUUACGGUACCAUUAUUAGCAUCAUUUCUAUGUUUUCAUCUGUGAUUCAUGUGCUUCAAAUGAUUAUUGAUGAUAAUCCCAAUGAUAGUGCCGGUGAAGCAAAUAAGAUUCAAAGGGAAAUGCUUACUUUUCAGUUUGUGUUUCACCUAUUCUUAAUGAAGGCUAUAUUGGGACUCACAAAUGAUGUGUCAUAA